AACACAAUCUCAAAACACUAAAAAAUGGCAACGUCCGGUAAUAAUCGCCGUCCUCCUCCUCACUACUUGCUAGUAACUUUCCCGGCGCAAGGUCACAUAAACCCGGCGCUCCAACUAGCCAACCGCCUCAUCCACCACGGCGCGACAGUCACAUACUCCACAGCCAUCUCAGCUCACCGUCGUAUGGGCGAACCACCUUCCACAAAAGGCCUAUCAUUCGCGUGGUUCACCGACGGAUUCGACGACGGUCUCAAGUCCUUCGAAGACCAGAAGAUCUACACGUCAGAACUCAAACGUUGCGGUUCAAACGCACUGAGAGACAUCAUCAGAGCCAAUCUUGACUCCAAAACAGAACCAAUCACCGGCGUAAUCUACUCUGUUCUCGUCCCGUGGGUUUCCUCGGUAGCGCGUGAGUUUCACCUCCCGACUACACUUCUCUGGAUCGAACCAGCUACUGUACUAGACAUCUACUACUACUACUUCAACACAUCUUUCAAACACCUCUUCGACGUUAACCCGAUCAAACUACCAAAACUGCCACUCAUCACCACCGAAGACCUCCCGUCGUUUCUACAACCCUUCAAGGCGAUACCAUCCGCUCUUGUAACACUAAAAGAACACGUCGAAGCUCUCGAGUCAGAAUCAAACCCUAAGAUUCUUGUGAACACGUUCUCUGCUUUAGAACACGAUGCUUUAACCUCCGUUGAGAAACUCAACAUGAUUCCCAUAGGACCUUUAGUUUCCUCCUCCUCGGACGGUAAAACCGAUCUUUUCAAAUCUUCCGACGUGGAUUACACGAAAUGGCUUGACUCAAAGCUCGAAAACUCCGUGAUUUACAUAUCUUUGGGAACACACGCCGAUGAUUUACCGGAGAAACACAUGGAGGCGCUUACUCACGGCGUGUUAGCCACUAACCGACCGUAUUUAUGGAUCGUGAGGGAGAAAAAUCCAGAAGAGAAGAAGAAGAAUCGGUUUCUUGAAUUGAUCAGAGGAGAGGGACGAGGCUUGGUGGUGGGAUGGUGUUCUCAGACGGCGGUUUUAGGGCAUCGUUCAGUGGGGUGUUUUGUGACUCAUUGCGGUUGGAACUCGACGUUGGAGAGUUUAGAGAGCGGUGUUCCGGUGGUUGCGUUUCCGCAGUUUGCUGAUCAGUGUACGACGGCGAAGCUUGUGGAGGACACGUGGAGGAUUGGAGUGAAAGUGAAGGUUGGGGAGGAUGGAGAGGUGGAUGGAGAGGAGGUGAGACGGUGUUUGGAGAAAGUGAUGGGUGACGGAGAAGAGGCGGAGGAGAUGAGAGAGAGUGCGGCGAAGUGGAAGAAGCUGAUGGUUGAUGCGGCUGUUGAAGGUGGACCGUCGGAUUUAAAUCUUAAAGGUUUUGUGGAAGAGGAUGUUUCUUAAUUUUAGGUUUGAAACUUUAAAUAAAGGAGAGACCAAGAUUUGUGGUGUGUUAUUACAAAGUUCUGUGGUUAAGAAACAUAAUUUUGUGGGUGUAUUAUUAUAAAUAAAAUCUAUGAGAGAGUUAAUUGUAUGAAUUAAUUCCAUUUCUGUUUUUAUUUUUUCCUCCAUAACUAUGUUUUUA